GACAACAUGCAGGCUAAGAUCAAGGAGAUGCAGUCCUUCUUCAACCUCAAGAUGACGGGGAGCCUGGACGCUAACACCCUGGAACUGAUGAGCAUGGCCAGGUGUGGUGUCCCUGACGUGGAGGAAUACAUCCACUUCCCCCGACACCUCAAAUGGCAGAACACCAACGUGACCUUCAGAAUAAUGAAAUAUACUCCUGAUCUGAAGAAGGCUGAUGUGGACAGAGCUAUUCGUAAUGCCUUCAACAUCUGGGCUGACGUCACUCCUCUGACCUUCAAGAAACUGCAUGAGGGGAAGGCUGACAUCAUGAUAGCAUUUGAGACAAAAGAACAUGGAGACUUCAACCCCUUUGACGGCCCUGACGGUCUCUUAGCCCAUGCCUAUACCCCUGGCAGAGACAUUGGAGGAGACACACACUUUGAUGAAGAUGAACAUUGGUCAAAAGACUCAGACUCCUACAAUCUUUUCCUGGUGGCCACCCAUGGGUGUGGCCAUGCCCUUGGCUUGUCCCAUUCUUCUGAUCCUGGAGCUCUGAUGUACCCAGUCUACUCCUAUGGCCAGGGUUACCCACUGUCUGUGGAUGAUAUCACCGGCAUUCACGCUCUUUAUGGUCAGUGCCCAAACCCCAAUCACAGAAAAGUGAAGCCCAAGCCAGAUGUCCCAAACAAAUGUGACCCCAUGUUGAGUAAUGCUGUUACUGAGCUCAGAGGAGAAACAAUCAUCUUCAAAGACAGGUUCUACUGGCGUCUCCAUCCUCAGUUCGCAGAGCAGACCCUGAUAAAAUCCACGUGGCCCUCCCUCCCCAACAAAGUGGAUGCUGCCUAUGAGUACCCUGAGAAAGACAUGGUCUUCAUAUUCAGUGGUAUUAGAAUGUGGGCCCUGAACGGCUACAGCCUGGUGGAGGGCUACCCUAAAUAUAUCCAUAAACUGGGACUCCCCAAGACCAUGUGGAUGGUGGAUGCUGCUGUUUACAUCCCAGACACCGGCAAGACCCUUCUGUUCUCUGAAGAGCAUUACUGGAGUUAUGAUGAGAAGACUAACACAAUGGACAGUGGCUUCCCAAGAUCCAUUGAGAAGGAUUUCCCUGGAAUGGCAGAGGAGGUGGAUGCUGCCUUAUAUAAAUCAGGAUAUUUGUAUUUCUUCCAUGAACAUACACAGUUUGAAUACAGCUACAGUGCAAGAAAGGUCAUUCAGAUUGUCAGGACAAACUAUUUUCUCGACUGCUGA